ACCUGACUAGACCAAAGCACUGUUUUGUGACACCGUCUCUCAUACACUACUUUCAGAGCUUCCCCAUAGACACCUACCGUGCACUCACCCUGCCGUCAUAGGGCUUCUCCCAAAACGCACACUGCAACCAUGAGCAACCUUCCGCACGAGCCUGAGUUCGAGCAGGCGUACAAGGAGCUUGCAUCGACCCUCGAGAAUUCAUCAUUGUUCGAGAAACACCCCGAGUACAAGAAAGCACUCAAAGUAGCCUCCAUCCCCGAACGCAUCAUUCAGUUCCGGGUUACCUGGGAAGACGACAAGGGCGAGCUGCAGGUCAACCGUGGCUAUCGAGUACAAUUCAACUCGGCACUCGGUCCUUACAAGGGCGGCCUCCGACUCCAUCCCACCGUGAACCUCUCCGUCCUCAAAUUCUUGGGGUUCGAGCAGAUCUUUAAAAAUGCCCUCACGGGCUUGAAUAUGGGCGGAGGAAAAGGUGGCGCAGACUUUGACCCAAAGGGCAAGUCAGACAAUGAGAUCAGAAGAUUCUGCUGUGCUUUCAUGAGCGAGCUCGGCAAACACAUUGGAGCCGAUAUUGAUGUUCCAGCUGGUGACAUUGGUGUCUCCGGUCGCGAGAUCGGAUGGAUGUUCGGACAAUACAAGAAACAGACGAAACUGUGGGAGGGCAUUUUGACCGGAAAAGGAGGCAACUGGGGAGGCUCCCUCAUUCGACCAGAGGCGACAGGCUACGGUCUUGUUUAUUACGUCCAACACAUGAUUCAAUACGCAAGCGGCGGCAAAGAGUCAUUCUCAGGCAAGAAAGUCGCCAUCUCCGGUUCCGGCAAUGUAGCCCAGUAUGCCGCUCUCAAAGUCAUCGAGCUCGGCGGCACUGUGGUGUCCCUGAGUGACAGCAAGGGCGCCAUCGUCGCUACUACUGACAAGGGUAUUGAUGCUGAGAUGAUUGAGUCUAUCGCCAAGUUGAAGGUCGACCGAAAGCAGCUGUCCUCCGCUGCGGACGACUUUGGCAGUAAAGUGAAAUACAUCGACGGAGCCAGACCGUGGCUGCACGUCGGCAAUGUCGAUGUAGCCCUUCCUGGCGCUACUCAGAACGAAGUCUCCAAGGAGGAAGCCGAGGGCUUGAUCAAGGCAGGAGUCAAAUUUAUCGCCGAAGGUAGCAACAUGGGCUGCACCCAAGAAGCCAUCGAGGUCUUUGAAUCCCACAGAAAGUCUAGUAAGGGGGAGGCCAUCUGGUAUGCCCCUGGCAAGGCUGCUAAUGCUGGUGGUGUGGCUGUCUCGGGUCUUGAGAUGGCGCAGAACUCGGCUCGCAUCAAGUGGACGUCCGAGGAGGUCGAUGACCGACUGAAGCUCAUCAUGAAGAACUGCUUUGAGAAUGGGCUGCAGACUGCAAAGACUUAUCUUACUCCGUCAGAAGGCGAGUUCCCCAGUUUGGUCGCUGGUAGCAACAUUGCAGGCUUCAGCAAAGUCGCUGCUGCUAUGAAGGAGCAAGGUGACUGGUGGUGAGCAGCCACUGAUGAUGUAUGAGGAUUUAUAAAACGACUCAAAUG